UUACCCCACAACAAAACACGCUAUAUAAACAUAUAUAUUCAUCACUUUGAAAGAAUUUCAACCAAUUCCACUGCUAAGCUACGUUUUAUCUGCCUUCUAUGGCCAUACAGUGGCUUAGUUUGAUAGCUGCCAUUUGGCUACAAUGCAUAAAUGGAACCAACACAAACUUUCCUGCUUAUUCUUCCCAACUCAAGCAUCUUCUCUCACUAUCGCAACUCCAGUUGAACAACUUGGCUCUUGCUUCUGAUGCCGGGAAAUUGCUCGGUUGGCUUUCUGGGAUCGCCACGGCUUAUUUGCCACUUUGGCUAGUCCUUAUGAUCGGCGCAACUCUUGGAUUUAUGGGUUAUGGGGUUCAAUAUCUCUUCAUAACAAACCAAAUUUCCGGUUUAUCUUACUGGCACAUAUUUUUACUGACUUCUUUAGCUGGAAAUGGCAUAUGUUGGAUCAACACUGUUAGUUACAUUAUUGCCAUUCAAAAUUUCCCUUUUGAUCGCCAAAUUGCUGUGGGUUUAUCGACUAGUUACCAAGGUCUAUCUGCAAAGAUUUUCACGGUCCUUGUUGAUGUUGUUAGUCGCACUUCACCAAGUCACAGAGCCAAAACCUACCUACUCCUCAACGCUGUAGUGCCUCUGUUAGUAUGUAUUGCAACUUCACCUAUCGCGAAGCAUGUCAAGAUAGGAAAAUCAAAGAACUUGGCAGGUGGGUUCAUUGCUAUGUUUGUCAUAACAACAUUGACGGGAAUCUAUGCUAUUCUAAGUAGUUUUAGCUCCAUCACAAGUUCACUCCCACCGGUGAUUAUGGUUAUUGGAAUGGGAUUAUUUCUUGCCGUCCCUCUCGCAGUUCCAUUGGGUGAAAAAAUCAGGGAAUCGUUACAGCAGAAAUGUUGGUUAAGAAGAGAAAUGAGAGUGUGCCAUGUAGCCACGGAAAAUAACGAUGACAAUAUCAUGAGAUCAAUGGAGAGUGGAGAGGCGCAAGAAAAUGGAAGCGAAGUCUAUAACGUGCGUGUUAGGGAGGAACUGGGAGUGAGAUUGAUGUUACAAAGAGUAGAUUUUUGGUUGUACUACUUCGCCUAUCUGUUGGGAGCAACCCUUGGCUUAGUUUAUCUCAAUAACUUGGGACAGAUUGUUGAGUCUCGCGGCAGCUCAAGGACUUCAUCCCUUGUCUCGUUGUGUUCAUCAUUUACUUUUUUCGGUCGACUCAUUCCGUCAGUUGUGGACUAUCAUUUGACCAAAAAAAACUACGUAGUUUCAAGACCAGCAUCAAUUGCACUGACGAUGAUCCCGUUAUCUGGAGCCUUUUUCUUGCUUCUCAUGGGGAAUAAUCUUUCUCUUUACAUCAGCACCGCCAUCAUAGGUACAUGCACAGGCGCAAUCACUUCUAUCUCUGUCCCUACCACAACCGAGCUGUUCGGAGCAAAAAACUUUGGUGUAAAUCAUAACAUAUUGGUUACCAAUAUCCCAGUGGGCUCAUUUGUAUUUGGUGAUCUAGCAGCUAUACUCUAUAAGAAUCAAGAAACCGCAGCAGAUGGCAGCUGUAUGGGGGUAAAAUGCUAUGAAACUACCUUUAUCAUAUGGGGUUCUCUAUGCCUUCUUGGAACUUUACUAGCUGUUAUUCUCCAUGCAAGAACUAGAAAAUUCUAUUCCCAAAAUUUAGUAUAGCUAGUUGGCUUGGCGGCGAAGAACAGCUGCAAAGUUACCAGAUGGUACUUCCUUUUGUUUUAAUUUUUCUCUUUUCACCAAGUUAAGAUUUGUUUUCCUUAUUUAUUAUUA